AUGGCAAAGAGGCCAAGUAUGGGGAGACAAAAGAUCAAGAUCGAGAAAAUAGAGAUCAAAAACCACCUUCAAGUCACUUUCUCGAAACGCCGUUCCGGGCUGUUCAAGAAAGCGAGUGAAUUGUGUAUUCUUUGUGGGGUCGAGGUGGCUAUUAUCGUCUUUUCGCCGGCAGGAAAAGUGUUUUCUUUCGGGCACCCGAACGUGGACCCCAUCAUCGACCGGUUCCUCGUCCCCCGGAGCCGCCACCACCACGCCGCGAACGCCACCGCCCACCUGGUGGAGGCGCACCGGAGCGCCGCCGUGCGGGAGAUGAACCUGCAGCUGACGCAGAUGACGGCGGAGACGGAGAUCGAGAGGAAGCGAGGGGAGGCGCUGGAUGAGAUGAGGAAGGAGAGGCGGCGGCGGUGCUGGUGGGAAGCUCCGGUGAGCGAGCUCCGGCUGCCGGAGCUGGAGCAGCUGAGAGACGCCAUGGAUGAGCUCAAGAAAAACGUUGCCGCCCAGGCGGAGAGUAUCAUGGCGGCGGCGGUCAAUACUUCCACGUUUCUUGCUAUGAACGGAACGGCGGCGCCGGCCGCCGGAAUAUUUGAUCCGUCGGAGGCAAAACCGCCGAGAAUUAUGGGUAGCAAUACUCAUAAUCAUCAUCAUCAUCAUGCACUGCAUGACUUUGGAUAUGAUCUUGCGUUUUCCUGAGCUGCUCGAUCGAUUGAUUUCAUUGGUUGAUGACAUUGGGUGUUAUUGGCCGUUGGAUCAAAUUUGUUCCUGGUU